CUCGCGGACGGCUCGUUUGAUUGACAGAUUUAGUAUCAGCAUCCACGAGUCGCGACAGGCCCUGUUGUUCGAGUGUGCUCGUGUUGACGGGCAGUCGAGGCGAGCGCUGGGAUGCAACGAGCUGACAGUUCGCUCCUCGCCCUGACAGCUAGUGGAUUUGUUUGUACACCGCUAGCUACCUACUCGCCACCAGCGCUGAGACGGUCGCCUAUCACCCAACCAUCCAGCUCUGACCACUGUUACGCAACCCUCUCUCCUUGGCCGUAGGAAGAGCGCCGGCCACAAGUCACUGGCGCUAGUUUUUUCCCUCACAACAAGCCGACAGUUGCACGCCUAUUUCCCGCAUGAUCACGAGGGACGCGCCAGCGAACAUACAGACAGACGAGUGGCACCCGUGUUACUUAUCCUUCACUCACUCGUCAGGGCCCCAGCACCAGCAGUCAAGUGUGUGUGUGUGUGUGUACAUGUGUGUGUGUGUGUGUGCUGUGUCAGCCAGCCAGCCAGCCGCGUUCUACACACACACACAAUAUCUUAGAACUCCUUCUUCAAGUUGACAUGGCGAGUACACAGAGGAACUAACCAUGUCUUCCAGUUUCGGGGUUCUGAUCACGUGUUCCUGACGUCACUGGGUGGUCCGCUCUGCGACCCCUGGAUUAUCUACCACAUCGUCAUCGUCAUCGUCGUCGUCGUCGUCAAAGUUGUCAUCUGUCAGCGAAGUCAAGGUUUUGUCCACGUGUAGGUCACUCUCAUGUUUCCGUCACGCCCACUAAGCCCUCUGUGAGAUUCUGAGUUCAAAGUGUGAAGAGGCAAGUUUCCGCGAGAAAUAAUAAUUUUAUUGUUCUGUAAAGAAAUAUUCUGAUUGGUUCGUGGAAGGAAAAUCGGCGGUUGUGCUUCGCGGUGAAAUCUUCAGCGUCGUGUUGGUGUAUUCACGCUCAUCUUCAACAACAACAACAGCAGCAGCAGCAACAACAGCAGCAGCUUCAACUUCAUCGAGUCAACGAGACGACGCCAUCACCACCACAACCACCGCCAGCAGCAGCAACACCAGCAGCGUGAAAAUCCUGUUGUGCUAAAUCUCUAGCGGCUUCUCUCGUUCCUGUUUUUGUUUUAUUUUUGUAAUUUUUUUUUCUGCUUCUCCUUACUGCUUCAAGUUUGGAGUAGCCUGUCCGUGCGUCCAGCAAUCUGUCAACAGAUACCGUCUGGAACCUUCGACCUGUUUCCACCAUCUCUCGUGACGUGAACGUCACGUGAUAAAUCACAUCGCCAGAAGUUCUAAAAUCACGUCACCACGUGAAGUCCUUUUAGUCACCCACAGCCCGUACAGAUAUAAUAUCAUCUCUCGUGUGUGAGUGUGACGACGUCGUCCAACGUCACCGUCACGUGCAAUCAGUGACGUCGGUCUGUGACGGCCACCGGUAGCGUGACGUGCGCGAGUGGCGUCGGUCCGUGACGGCCGAUGCCGGUGGUGUCCGAGAUGUCAUCCUCCUUGCAAUAUGACGGAGAGAUCCCGGGUGGCUACGGCUCGAUGCACGGUCAGAAAAGCCGCUCUUUUCCGCAAACCGGGAGUUAGACAGUUUGAUGAUUCAAGCCAUACAGGUUUUACGCUUUCACCUGCUGGAAUUGGAAAAGGUCCACGAGCUGUGUGACAACUUCUGCCACCGGUACAUCUCCUGCCUCAAGGGUAAGAUGCCCAUCGACCUGGUCAUCGAUGACCGUGAGGGGGCGGGGUCUUCGGCCACCACCUCCACCCCGUCCGGCCCUGCCAAGACAUCGACCACUGGCUCCUCGCUGGACGCCAUAGACCAGGGCUCAGAGAACAGCAGAGACCAUCAGGUCUUCUCUCCGGCAAACGAUCAUAUUUUUGGGAGUGACAAAAUGCGUCCACCGUCCCAGAACCUGAGCUUCAGCCAGCAGGAGGACACACAGUCGUCCCGGUCCGGAGACACGCCUGUGCCGGCUAGUCAGGUCAACACAAACUCCAGUCAUAAUGUGGAGAACAACAGCGAGUCAGGUGAUGGCCUGGACAACAGUGUGGGCUCUGGGGAAGGCACGGCGGACGAGGACGAUGACCGGGGCUCCAAGAGGAAUAAAAAGCGCGGCAUUUUCCCCAAAGUGGCCACCAACAUAAUGAGGGCGUGGCUCUUUCAACAUUUAUCGGGCUUCAAGGCGGCCAUGACCUCUACGACCCCAUGAAGGCCGGCUACUCGCACCUUGACACCAGUCAGCGUUACGACAUGUUGGGAAUGCAGAGCAUGCACCGUCCGGACAUGUACGGCAGCCCGCCCUCCUCCUACGCCCAGAUGGCCCAGUUCUCGCCACCCGUUCACUCCCAGGCCAUGCUCAUCCCAGGACACCCGCACCACAUGAUGAUGGGCCACGGAAACCCGGCGAUGGCCCACCACGGCAUGGCCAGCGCUCAGAGCCCUCCCCUACACAUGGAGGGCAUGGGUGGCCACAUACAGGACAUUCACGCCGGCUAGUCCAACAGGGGGCACUCCUGUACCGUCCCCCCACCCACCCACCCACCCACCCCCCGACACCCACCAACGCCACCACGAUGACUCCCCGCGCUCUCUUCCUAGUUGUUUGUCAAGUCACGUGGGGGUGUAAACGGUGAGACGUUCACGUGAAAAAAAAAAGUAAAUGAUGUUGUCAAAUUGAUUAUAGCAGUUGGUCGAAAGAGGUUAGCCGACUUAGGAAAAGAAAUGGUCACUACAAAAUGUGGGUUGUGUACAAGAUGUUUGACUCUGGCACUUAGGACUCGCAGCGACAACCAUGCCUCGACUGUGGAUCCCUUCCUGUUGUGAACUAACCUCAAUAUCGGCGCCGUACUUUGUUCUGGUCAGUGUCGCUCACGCCAGGCCAAUAUCUUGUGCACGUGCAUGGAGCCAUGCGUUAUCUCUUGGUGGUGCACACACACGAUAAGGAGGGGGGGUGGGGGAUUCACUCAGUGACCACAUCUUCUGACACCUUCCCAGAGUUCCAGAACGAGGAUCAGCACACAUGGCGAUGUACGCUGGCUCCGAAGUCUAAGUCCACAACUGUAACUAUGAACGUGGUUCUGACAUCUUCUUGGCGGACGCCAGACACUGACCUUCUAAUGGGUCCUAAGUGGUCUCUUGUGUGUUUCUGAUCAAACAUCACAGUUACUGUUACGUCACUACCGUGCCAAAGUCGCGUUACAAUGACGUCACAGCACGCCCAGAGGUUCUCCGGGCAGGUCAGACUGACUGUCACUCCCACUGUCGUGUCUUAAGACAAAGAGCGGACACAGAACUCAGUCGGCUCAGAGAGCAAGUCACUUCUGAAACAUGACUGAAUGAAAGCGAUAUUUCCCUGCAGGUUCGAAGCUCUAUUUUGUUCCAAUCUAUUUGGAUUUCUAAAAGAUGUGUUUGCUUCAUCACACAUUGAGACAGUGGGCAUGGUGUUGUUUCAGAUCAAGAUCACGAGACUGGAAUCUUGGAAUACAAACUUCUUCCCAACUUCUCAAGAAGCGCAGGUCUUCAGAGAACAAGCGGGACGUCACUGCUACGAGCAAAUCCUUGACACAGACUGCACAGGAGCUCUAUGCUAUGAGGACUCAAGAGGUUCUCAAACUGGACAAAUACUUACGCACUGCUCGUUUCUAGCGAAAAGAAUGGCAUCUGCCCUCACAAGUUUAUGUUGGAGUGAUCCGAGAGAAGCCCUUCCGGGUUUCCAGUGGUUCUGUAACAUGUUGGUUUAAGACAUUCUGCGAAAAAAAAA